AUGGCGACAACUUGGGCUGAUAUAAAGCGUCUUGCUGCUGAUUUACAGCGUGUUCAGUUGUUAGAAGGAACUAAGAAAUUGUCUGAGAAAAACUGUGUCGAAGUCGUUUCGAUUUUAAUUGGAUCUAAAGCAGUAGAUUUGGUCUUCACAGUUGAUGGUCAACACUAUAUAACAAAGAAGCACCUUUUAACGGAAAUAAAAAAUGAAUGUCUAGGAAAUGGCGGCCGAAUAUCGCUGUCAGCUCUUGCGCAAGUUUUGAAUGUAAAUUAUGAUGUUAUUGAAAGUGUUGGUUCAUUUCACAGGCUAAGUCAUUCUAGGCUCUUAGAAAAUGCCUUGUUUUUUUUCUUCAGGUGCUAUAUUGAUCAUUUAUGCAGUGAAAUAAAUGAGCAACUUACUGAGGUUGGCGCAUUGUCAAUAUCGUAUCUAGUGAAAAAUUGGAAUUUGCCUUUUGAUUUGUUGAAUGAUCAUAUUUUUGCUAAAGUUGGAUGCAAAAUCAAUGCUACCCGUGAUUUUGAUAUUUUAUACACGCAAAACUACCUUUCUGCGCAGAAAAAUUUGAUUCGAGCUGUUGUGAACGCAUUAACGAAAGUGACACCAGUAUCCAAGAUGAUUGAUUCUAUAGGAAUUUCUCCAUCGCUUUUUUGGACACUUUUCGAUGAACUGUUAAGUUGUAAUGAAAUUCCUGGGAAAACCAUUGGAAGUCGAAACAGUAGUCAUAUUUUCUAUGUACCAAAUAUACAUACCAAACUUUCUCGACUUUUUGUGACGAAGACUUUUGCUGAGCAUCAAUUAUUAGAAUUAUCGAUUUUAAAAAAGCUGUCGAUCACGGAUCCUCUCAGUUUUUUAAAGGAGCUUCUGCCGGAGUCAGACUUUAAAUCACUUAUUUUCUUACCAUCUAAACUUUUGAAGGAAAUUAUGGAAAAUGUGGAAAACGAGGUUCAACUUGUUGAUCGGACGACGAUUGAAAAAAGCAAGAAAGGACAAAAGCAAGCAUCGAAAACUGAGGACGUUGUUGGUGAUUUUUUCUAUAUUGAUUUGUUUAUUAUUUUAAUUUUUUAUUAUUGUUUUAUUUUUUUAUUUUUUUUUCUUCUAGUAGAUCACCUUUGCUGA